AUGGCUGAUUCUGCGAAUGCUCCGAAACCGAGCAGCAGCGUCAAACUGGUUCUUCUCGGCGAGGCUGCUGUUGGAAAGUCCUCGUUGGUCCUUCGAUUCGUCAACAACGACUUCCAGGAGAACAAGGAGCCCACCAUUGGAGCUGCUUUCCUGACACAAAAAUGUAACCUUCCCACUCGCACAAUCAAGUUCGAGAUCUGGGACACGGCCGGUCAAGAGCGCUUCGCUUCUCUGGCGCCCAUGUACUACCGAAAUGCCCAAGCCGCGCUUGUCGUCUACGAUCUUACAAAGCCCACGUCUCUCAUCAAAGCCAAGCACUGGGUCGCCGAGCUGCAACGGCAGGCAUCGCCCGGCAUCGUCAUCGCCCUUGUAGGAAACAAGCUAGAUCUGGCCAGCGACUCUGCGACGGAAAACGAAGCCGCUGACGAUGGCGAGGAGUCGGGCGGCGCCCGUCAGGUCUCGACAGAAGAGGCCAAGGCAUAUGCUGAAGAGGAGAGCCUGUUGUUCUUCGAGACCAGCGCAAAGACCGGCCACAACGUUACAGAAGUAUUUACCGCCAUCGCCAAUGCCAUCCCGGAAACGUCGUUAAAGUCAGCCAGAGGCGCCGGCGCCGCCGGUACCGCCAACCGAGCCGGCGAAGAGCAGAGAGUUAACUUGGGUGGCCCCAGGGAUGCUGGUGCAAAGGACGGAUGCGCUUGUUAG